AUUUUUUUGAGCCACUUUCUUAUUUCAAUCAAUUCUUUUUACCCUUUUUUUUUACCCUUCAUCUUUCUGCUGUACCAUUCAACCAUGAUGGAUCCUUUUCUGCUCUAUGCGCUCCGACAAGCCAUGAAUUCGUCCGUCAGUGAACCAUGUCAGCUAUCGUCGUUUUCCACCGAGAUGGAAACUGUUUGCCAGAUCUUUGGUGACACGAUAUCCGAUACCGCUUCCGAUGAUCACCCUUGUGUCCCUCUGACAAAAGCCGAGAUCCUCUCGCUCGUUUACCAUGCGGACAUGCAAUGGGUAGACGCCGUACGGAUGCUCAAACAAACCGAUACCAAGAUCAACCUCGACCACACAAUUCACUGCAUCCAUCAACAACAGCGAAUUUACCUAGAUACUCUUCACCUGUUGCAAAAAGCGUUAGGUUUCGAGCCCAUGCGACUUCGGGAGACCGUCUUGUUCGCCUCGCAAUCACUGAGAGCGGGUCAUCGCAUCCGCCAUUUGGAAAGCACCGCACGGGACGUUAUUGACCAUGCCCGGCGACUAUGUGAAGCGCUUGAAACUUCAAGGGGUAUGUUACGACGCCUGGCGGUCCUAUCGCAUCGCUUAACGGAUCACAAAUCAAACACCAUCCGAACCUCUUUAUUGCAUUUGCUGGCACAGUGGAAAGCAUUCGAAGAAUUACUUUAUCAGAGAUAUGUGCAGAGAGUGUUUGGCCAUCUACAGUUAAGCCAUGACGUUGUCUCGCCUAUAGGCUACGACAGAGACUCGGUGUCGUUACCGCGAGAAAUGUUUUGCGAUGCAUUCACGUCGCUGCUUCCCACCGUACUCGAUCGCGCUCUUGCUGUGCGGCUGUUGAGUGCGAGCGAUGUCCAGGAUUUUGAUCCAAAAAUAUUUAUUGCUCUUCCGCGAUUGGCGGUGCUGGCAGGUGUAACUUGGCUGGCCCACCGUUCGGGCUGGCGAGGAUCAUCCUUGCAUAAACACCUGGCAUGGUUCCCUGGGAGACGUGACGAUUUUCAUGCAUUAGUACGACAUGUCGAUCGACUGGAGGAUGAUACCAUCCGAUCGUCCAUCUCCACCUCUCAACGUUACCGUUACCUCUCCAUUGUUUCCGGCCUCGAACGAGCGCUCGUAUCGCCUUCAUCCCGUGACAGCAGUGACCAUUCCUCGGAGCAGCCGAUAUUUAUUCUGAUAUGCGCUUUGGCAGACAGCAUUCUGUCCAAUGCACAUAAUGCUCGACCACUCAACAUGAUCCUGAAGCAUCUCUUCCACAGUCGAAUCCAUCACAUCAACACUGACUCGGUCCAGCCCGCCCCCCACUCGGUCCAUUUUCAAUCCUCCUGCUGUCAAGUUUAACAUCUUCACUAGCUUUUCCUCUUAUUUUUGUACUGAUAGAAAACCGGGGGAAAUCGCCUGAUACUCGCCUAUACUUUUGUUUUUUAUAAAAUUCACAUGCUGCAUAUUCUUGCUUCUUUCAAGAAAAUUUGCAUCUAUUACCCGGCCAAAUAUGAGCCCUCGCUCCUUAUGCAAUAAAUCGUCCAUCACAUCAUACUGUGCAC